AUGGUUAUCGUCACUUGUAUCACCAAAAAGGUUGAGUUGUUCUUUUUAAGGAUAAUUAUGGGUGACAGUCUUUUGGUUAGGUUUGCCAUAGGUACGCUUUUGACGUUAUGUGCUCUUGAAAGUUGUACUAAUAGGAAGAUACUUCCAACUUUGCUGAUUUCUCUUUGGACGUUUUGGAAAGUUAGGUAUCGGGGUAUUUUUUGGAAAGGCAAAGUUGAAUGUCUGCCCUUUGUUGAGCAUGCUCUGCAGGUGAUGCUAUUCAAUGUAUAUAGGCUUUGGCAAGUGAGGAGCCUUGGGCAUUGGAAACAUAGCCAAUCUCUUUGGUUUGUUGUGGAACUUUCUUACCCUUCAGGUUUUCAAGUGACUGAAGAAAAAAAAGGGGGAUGUGUUGUUUAA